CAGAUGCAUGGGCAGAUGAGUCUCCCAGAGUCCAACAAACCUCCAAAGAUGCCUGUCGACUACAGCGGGACGUGGGACGUUGUCAGCAACAUCAACUCUGAAGCAUACAUGGUCGCACUUGGCAUUGAUUUUGCAACACGCAAGAUUGCCUCGAUGUUGAAGCCCCAGAAAGUGAUUAAGCAAGACGGAGAUUGCUUCAUAAUCCGGACAUUCACCACUUUCAGAAAUUAUGAGAAUUCAUUCAAAAUUGGUGAAGAGAUCAAAGAGGUGACAAAAGGGUUGGACAACAGGACAGUUCAGUCGGUGGUGAACUGGAAGAAUGAUAAGCUGGUGUGUGUGCAGAAAGGAGAAAAGAAGAACCGGGGGUGGACUCACUGGAUGCAGGGGGACGAGCUACACCUGGAACUUACUUGUGAGGAUCAAGUCUGCAAGCAAAUCUAUAAAAGGACUCUUUGAAUGUGUCUUCAAAAGAAUCAGACUUCCUACUCCAUUUGUGUUUCCAGGAAAUGAAAAAGCAGCAUUUUCUACACACCCUUUCAAUAAAGAGCAUGGCAUUUGAAAAUA